GGGCUGUUCUCGUUCCUUUUUUCUUGUCUGGCGGCAACAGUGGAGAUACGGCAACGCAGUCUUGUUAGAAAAUAAGUCUAUAACAGAAUAACAUAAAAUGGGCUUCGGAGAUUUGAAAUCACCUACUGGUCUGAAGGUCCUCAACGAGUUUCUGGCGGAUAAAAGCUACAUUGAGGGGUACGUUCCAUCCCAGGCUGACGUUGCAGUGUUCGAUGCCCUUUCCAGCCCUCCAUCUGCAGAGCUCUUCCAUGCCCUCCGGUGGUACAACCAUAUAAAGUCAUACCAGAAAGAAAAGGCAAGUCUCCCAGGAGUGAAGAAACCUCUGGGCAAGUAUGGCCCCGCUGACGUAGCAGACGCCACUGCGGCGUCUAAGGAUGAAGAUGACGAUGAUGACAUUGAUCUCUUUGGAUCUGAUGAUGAAGAGGAGUCUGCAGCUGCCAAAAAGUUAAAGGAGGAGCGUGUGGCACAGUAUGAAGCAAAGAAAUCCAAAAAACCAGCUCUUAUUGCAAAAUCCUCCAUCCUGCUUGACGUGAAGCCGUGGGACGAUGAGACCGAUAUGGCGAAACUGGAAGCGUGUGUCCGGACCAUACAGAUGGAUGGCCUACUUUGGGGAUCCUCCAAACUGGUUCCAGUUGGCUAUGGCAUCAAGAAGCUGCAGAUCCAGUGUGUGGUGGAAGAUGACAAAGUGGGUGUAGACCAGCUGGAAGAACUGAUCACUGCUUUCGAAGACCUUGUACAGUCCAUGGAUGUUGCUGCCUUCAACAAGAUCUAAAACUGAAUGACAUUGUAGGGACAAUAAAGCACUUUCAAUUUGGGGGAAAAAA